CACAGCAUCUGCCAAGAAAGUGUUCACUUUCUCUACUCCAUACAGCACUUAAAACAACCAUGGUAACUUUCACCUUUGUUCAGCAUUAGACUUGCACAACAGUUGACGGCAGCUAGAAUGAACCAGUCACAUAAACCUCUUGAAGGCAACUGUUCAAUCAGUGACUUCAAACGGAAUGUCUAUCCAGCCGUCUACCUGUGUAUAUUCUUCUUGGGAUUAUUCGCCAGUCUUGUCUCAUUAUAUUACUUCAUUGGUGUGAGUAGGACAAGAAAAACCUUCAGUCCAGUCUACUACUUCAUGGUGAACCUUCUCAUUUCAGACCUGAUGCUGGUGUGUUCCCUGCCGUUCCGAGCCACCUACUACUUCAUGGAUUCCCACUGGGUUUUUGGGGACAUGAGUUGUCGCAUCAUUGCUUUUGUGUUCUAUGUCAACAUGUAUGGCAGCAUUUACUUUUUAAUGGCCCUUAGUGUCGUUCGCUUUGUGGCCAUUAUUAGGCCCUACAGCUAUGUGUACUUACAGAGUAACCAAAGAGUUUGCCUGGUGUGUGGCUUCAUUUGGCUGUUGGUUUUAGUAGGAUCCAUUCCUCUUUUGUAUGCAGGCACAUCUCAGAAUCCAUCUGGCCAGAUCAAAUGCCUUGAGCUAGACGUGUCUCUGAUAAAGACUAUCAUCACAGUGAACAAAGCUGCACUGUGCUUAGGCUUCAUCAUACCCGUUGUAGUCAUUUCAGUCUGUUAUUUAAUUGCAGCUAGGAAACUUCUACAGCUAAGGAAUGUUCCAGGGAGAAGAAGACUUCAUUACAACAAGUCCUGUGCACUGGUGAUCAUUGUUGUCCUCAUUUUCCUAGUGUGCUAUAUGCCAUAUCAUGUUGUGCGCACUGUCUUUCUGGAAGCUGAAAGACAGAUUAAAAUGAAUGGCUACCAAUCAUGUGAGUACAUUGAAUUGAUAAGGAAAGCAGCUGUGGUUACACAUUGCCUGGCUGCUGGAAACAGCUGUUUGGAUCCUCUUCUAUACUUCUUUGUGGGUGAAAACUUCUGGAGUUUUUGGCAUAAGAAAAAAAGGAGGACGCUGAGCAAAAGAUUAAAUCACAAGGAAAACCGAUCAGCAAAUAAUACAAGGACAGAGUUAAAAGAGGUCCAUGCUCAAAAUGACACGUGAAAUGUGACUAAAAGACAGAUAACCUGAGAUUUUCAAACAAACAAACAAAUAACUAAGAUAUACACAAUAUAUAAAUAAAAAAGAAUAUAAUUUGAAAGAAUUUGUAUAUUAUAGUUGGCAUAAUUGUGUAGAAUUAAAUCUGUAUUCCCUAAAUGUUUGCAAAAAAUGAUUUUUGAAUAUGGAUGAGUUGAAUUUUUUUUUUUCUUUCUUAAACCUGAUCACUGAAUUAGAGACUCACCAGACUUACCAUCGUUGUACCACAAGGUGUUUAACAUAGCAGGGUAUUAGGAAAAUAGUUGUCAAGUAAUAGGAGAUGCCAGAACCUUAUUUACUGUGCUAAAAAUGGUGCACACCACAAGAGUGGAAAUGUGAUAAGGCACACCUGAUGUACAUAAUUAAUAGAAUCCUUGUUUAGACUAACCUUACAGUCAGAGCUGAUACUACAUGGCGUAGUAAAGCAUGGGAAGUUAUUGAAUGAUUCAGUGGUAAAUAUUGCAUGUUUAAUUUGAGCAAUCUAUCAGCUCCGAAUGGAAUGAUAGCCUGGAAAGCACAAUGGUUAUGACUGGAAUUGUUAUAUUGCCUUUUUCAAUAUAUUUACUAACAGCUCCAUCUGCUGGUCUGUC